AUGCUGCUCCGGUCAAUUCGCACCGUCGAGCACCUCCGCCGAAUCUCCGCUUCUUCAGUUUCGUCGUCUCUUACUUAUCCUUCUUUCUCACAACGUUGCAAUGCUCUCCGAAGCUACCUACCACACAGAGUAGUAACAACAACGGAGACUGCUUUCUCCACUCCAAUUUCUCGCUUCUGUUACUCUUCGCUCGUGAAUUCGCCAAAUGAGAAUCAGCACACGACUACGUCAUCACCGGUUUCUCCACAGCGGAUUAAUAUCAGAAAGAUUUCACGGCGGAGGAAAAAAUCCGGAAUUAAAUCGCCAAACUCGCCGGCGUAUUCCUCUGCCGUAGAUUUGGCGCUUGACUCGGUGGUGAAGAUCUUCACCGUUUCCACGAGUCCUAGUUACUUCCUUCCUUGGCAGAAUAAGUCUCAACGAGAAUCCAUGGGCUCUGGAUUUGUAAUUUCGGGAAGAAGGAUUAUAACGAACGCUCACGUAGUUGCUGAUCACUCAUUCGUGCUCGUUAGAAAGCAUGGAUCGCCAAUAAAGCACAGAGCAAAAGUUCAAGCGGUUGGUCAUGAAUGUGAA